AUGAAUAGCAACAAAUCUCCGGUAAAAGUCAACUGUUCAAGUGAUGAUAACAAACCCUCCAAAGGUGGCUGGAAUUCUGCCAUCUUCAUCAUAUUUGUGGAGAUGGCAGAGAGGCUAGCGUACUAUGGUUUAGUUGGAAACUUGAUAAGUUACCUCACAAAUGUUUUGAAAGAGCCAAUAGUGACAGCUGCACAGAAUGUCAACAUAUGGGGUGGUGUCUCCUUUGUGUUUCCUUUGGUCGGAGCCUUCAUUGCUGAUUCAUAUCUCGGUCGUUUCAUGACCAUUAUCUUCGCCUCCAUCAUCUAUCUCUCGGGAACGGUUUUGUUGACAAUAUCAGCGUCGUCAUUGAUUCCUGUGCACAGUCGAAGAUUAAUGUUGUACUUAGCACUUUACGUAUUGUCGAUUGGGGAAGGAGGGCACAAGCCAUGCAUUCAAACAUUUGCAGCAGAUCAGUUCGACGAUUCAUCGCCUGAAGAGAGAAUAGCUAAGACCUCCUUCUUCAAUUGGUGGUUCUUAGGCAUUGUCAUUGGUGCUUUAGUUGCCGCCGUUGGUGUUACUUAUGUCCAGGAUAAUAUUGGAUGGGACGUAGGGUUUGGCAUAGCAGCAGUGGCUAUGGCGGUGGCAUUUGGUAUUUUCUUGUUAGGGAUAAGGAGGUACAAAAAACAAGGGCCUAUGGGAAGCCCUUUCACGACGAUGGCACAAGUGGUAGUAGCAGCGGUUCGGAAGAGGCACGUCGAUGAGACGCGCCAUGGAAGAGGUAUUUGCUAUGGAGAUACUGCCAGUGGUGAUAUACUUAUGGAGCCUCAAUCUCUGACUCAUGUUCGCACGGAACAUCUUAGCUAUUUGGACAAGGCGAUGGUAAUUGAUGAUACGGACGCAUCAAGCAAUAGAAGAAACCCUUGGAGGCUAUGCACAUUAAACCAAGUAGAAGAGAUGAAGCUAGUGUUUGGCCUCAUACCCAUAUGGAUAACAUGCUUGUACAAUAGUAUAAUUGGAUCUCAAGUGGGCACCUUCUUCACCAAACAAGGCAGUACAAUGAAUCGAUCCAUUGGACCCCACUUCAACAUUCCUCCAGCAUCACUCUUAGCCUUCCCUAACCUCGCCACCAUUAUCAUAAUCCCAAUCUAUGACAGAUUCUUAGUGCCUCCGAUCAGAAAAUUCACGGGCAAACCCACAGGAAUUACAAUACUUCAAAGAAUAGGCAUUGGACUAUUCAUUUCUAUUUUAAACAUACUUGUGGCCGCCCUAGUUGAGGCCAAAAGGCUUAAAGUAGUAAGAGAUCACAAUCUCUUGGACGACUCUGAAGCAAUCGUGCCAAUUAGGGUUUGGUGGUUGCUUCCUCAAUAUAUCAUAUGUGGGGUUGCUGAUGUUUUUGGAAUCAUAGGGCUUCAACAUUUGUUUUACGAUCAAAUGCCAGAGUCUAUGAGAAGCAUAGGAGCUGCAUUUUAUCUUGGUAAUUUUGGGAUUGGAAGCUUUGUUAGUAGUGGUAUUAUAUCUAUUGUGGAAAAAGCAAGCAGAGGAAGAUGGCUGGGGAAUAAUCUGAAUAGCUCACGCCUUGAUUAUUAUUAUUAUCUUCUUGCAGGUUUAGGGGUUUUGAAUUUAGGUGCUUAUGUUGCUGCUGCUAAGCGGUAUGUGUACCAAAAAGCAUCUGAAAAUUGCAAUCUAUAA